AGUCCAACAACUGUACGUAAAAUGCCUUUUUAAAUUAAUAUUAGGGUGUUUUAGUGGAGUCCAAUUUCUAAGUUGAGUUACCGCCAUGAUCAGUAAUUACGUGAAACACUGUUCUCACUGCCUCCUUCUACUGGGACUUAUCCUAGUGUUCGAGUUGAGUGCCAACAGUGCGAGAAAUGCCAACCCAGAUAUUAAUCCCUGGGUUACAUACGGAAUUACCUGGACCAUCAUUCUCUACUUCUUUAAGGCGAUUCUGUUUGUGCCUGUUCCACAAGCCAUUUGCAAUUUCGCAGGAUUAGUAUUUUACAAUGCAUUUCCGAAGAAAGUGUCGUUCAAGGGAUCGAAAACUAUCGCUCCGUUUAUUUGCUUCAGAGUGGUGACCCGAGGAGAUUAUCCAGAGUUAGUGCAUCUUAAUGUAAAAAGAAAUAUGAAGACUUGUUUGGAUACAGGAUUAGAAAAUUUCUGUAUAGAGGUGGUUAGCGACAAAGCUAUUGGACUCCAGAAGCAAUUAAAACUUCGCGAAGUUGUCGUUCCAAAUUCUUAUCGUACUAAAAGUGGAGCGAUGUACAAAGCUCGUGCUCUUCAGUAUUGUCUAGAAGAUGAUGUCAGUGUUUUAUCAGAUGAUGACUGGGUAGUUCAUUUGGAUGAAGAAACGCUCCUAACAAAUGAUUGUAUUCAAGGAAUUUUAAAUUUCGUAUCUGAUGGUAAACAUUAUUUUGGACAAGGAUUAGUAACUUACGCCAACGAACCUGUAGUCAAUUGGGUUACCACUCUUGCCGAUAGCGCAAGAGUUGCUGACGAUUUGGGAAAAUUAAGGCUGACUUUAAAAAUGUUCCAUAAACCUCUGUUUAGUUGGAAGGGAUCUUUCGUUGUGGCGAAGUUCGCAGCAGAAAAGAGAGUAUCAUACGACAAUGGGGUAAACGGUUCGAUAGCAGAAGACUGUUAUUUCGCUUUGAAGGCCUUUAACGAAGGAUACACUUUUAAUUUUAUAGAAGGUGAAAUGUGUGAGAAAUCUCCAUUCAGUAUUUGGGACUUCUUAAGACAACGUAAAAGGUGGUAUCAGGGUAUAUAUUUAGUGGUACAUUCAGAUAAACUGCCUUGGUCAAAGAAGUUCUUCGUGGCAGUUCUUCUCUAUAAUUUCUUCUUUACUCCAUUGUAUACUUGCAAUAUGAUAUUAUCCUCCUUUUAUCCUAUUCCUUAUCCACCUAUAAUAGACUUUGUAAGUGCUUUAACAGCUGCUGUUAACAUUUAUAUGUUUAUAUUUGGUGCUGUAAAGUCGCUGACUUUGAGCAAAGUAAGUAUGCUUCAACUACUUUUGUGCGUUUUCGGUUUGGCAAUCGUGAUACCCGUGAACAUGUUUAUCGAAAACAUUGCAGCUGUUUGGAGUGUUGUUGGGAAAAAGCACCAAUUCGAAAUUGUUGAUAAGAAAAUUCAAUCUGUUGCUGGCGAAAGUAACAAGGAAAAUAAUAGAUUUUCAUUGGCUACCAAAAAUUUUGUGUCUGUUGUCUUGCAGGGAGUAAAGAGCGUGUUCAAAAAGAAUUUAGACUAGAAAAUCUUGCAUUAAAAAUGCAGUUACCAAGAUUAAUUGGUUAAAUUACAAAUUUAAUCUUUUAUUUCCUUUUACUUACUUUCCAUACUAUUUCUGGAUAUAUCAAAUUAGAAGUUCCACAUACUAUUGUUUUAUAUAUUAUCCAAUUGAAUUUUUACAAAAAGAUCGAUAAGACUUAAUUUUUGAACCGCAAAAUUUUAUUUCAUAUUUUGUACUUGUUAUGGCUGUCUAAAGUGAUUUUUAUUUUGUAAGUACCUAUUUUAAUAUUUUCAUAUUAUUUUCAACUCUGUAUAUGUAAAAAUUUAAAAAUUUUAACGUUUAAUUGUAACUAUUAUUUAAUUUUUAAGAACCAAUACCAAUCAAUGACCAUGAUAAUAUUUUAAGAUAAUUUCAAAUAUUUUGCAAUCAGAUUUAUUGUCUUUUACAGUAAUAGUCACUAAAUUUGAUGAUGAAAAUUUAUGGGAUUAUUUUAUAAAAAAUUAAGGAAUUACGGUUCAAACUUUAAUAAAAAAAUCUGAUAACUUACUUACCACACUAAGGAAUUUAUUUCAAAACCUAAUCUUCAUUUAAAUGAGUUUUAAAUUUUGAUUGUACCAUUAAGAAGGUAUAUAAAUAUUAUGCGUCAGUUAUCACUACUGUAUUUUUACGAUUUUUUAAUAAUCAGCUACUUCUGUAACAUAUUUAUUAUAUUUGAUCAAUAUCAUUCUUUUUUUUUUAAUAAAAACAUCCGAAAA